AUGUCUCAAAACGUGAUUAAUAAACUAUUAAAUAAUGCUGACGUAGCAGAGAAAAAACUUUUAUUGCUGAAAAGUAAAUUAUUAGAGGUUAGAAAAGUACAGAUCGAAAAUAACAUAAAGAAACUUACUCAGGAAAAUGAGAUUCUUGUCAGCAAAGUGGAGAAAGCGAGGGCUGAACUGAUCGGACUCGAAACUUCCAAUGGUAAAAAGCAGUACCCCAUACCUGGCAAAGCAUCAAUCUCCUGUAGUGCUGUCGAAAAUACUACUACACGUGCAUCUCCAGUGAAGUCUCAGGUACAAGAACCGGCUGCCAAAAAAGAGAAAAAGGAGAAUGCAUCAAAGAAGAGUAAAGACAAAUCAGCUGGGGCCCCGUCAGAAGUUGCGAUUGUAGAUGUUAGAAAAUUGGAUUUCAGAAUCGGUAAAAUUAUAGACAUCAACAAACAUCCUGAUGCUGAUAGUUUGUAUGUGGAAAAAAUUGAUUGUGGAGAGGAAAACCCUAGAACUGUUGUGUCAGGUCUUGUAAACUAUAUACCUAUUGAAGAAAUGAGGGACAGGCUUGUUAUGAUCCUAUGUAAUUUAAAACCUGUUAAGAUGAGGGGAGUCCUUUCUGAAGCUAUGGUCAUGUGUGCCUCUUCACCAGAAAAAGUAGAAGUAUUGCUACCUCCUAAUGGUGCUACACCUGGAGACUUGGUAUCUUGUCAAGGGUACCCAAGAGAACCAGAAACUCAGCUCAACCCUAAGAAGAAAAUAUUUGAAACUUGCGCUCCAGAUUUAAAGACCAAUGAUGAUAAAGUAGCUUGCUACAAAGGCAGUCCAUUAGAGAUACCAGGAAAGGGCGUUAUUGUUGCACCUACUCUUAAAGGUGUCAGUGUCAAAUAAGAUAAACAUAACGUAAUAUUUUAUACUUAAUAAUUGUGAAAUUAAAAGCAUGUCCUCAUUAUGUCCUUAAUAAAAUUAUUUGGAAGAUGUAAAUAAAACAAUUUGU